AUGGUGAUAGUAUUUGGGGAGCAAAUGAUCGAAUUUGGAGCUGAGCAUGAAGCUAGUGGCCUACUAAAGGGGUCAAUUUGUUCAGCUUCUGUAGAUCUGAUUCAAGAUUCUAAACAGGCAAUAAGCUCGUACGUGGCUGCAUCUCCAAAUGUCGUUCUAUCCAUAACAGCAACUCUAGGAAAUAUUUUGAUCCUCACCGCCUUAAGCCAUCGAGACUCAACGCUUCAUCCGCCAUCAAGACUCUUGUUCAGAUGUCUUGCGACUACAGAUCUCGGAGUGGGAGUGAUUUCGCAACCACUUUUCAUUAUUCAUGUCGUGUCCGUCAUCAACAAAUCCUGGAAACUCUGUUUUAUCAGUGAGCGUUUGGCGUACAUUACCGCCGCAGGGCUUUGUGGCGUCUCCGUCUUCACGUUGACUGCAAUAAGCGCCGACCGACUGCUAGCCUUGACGUUAAGGAUGCGUUAUAGAGAGCUCGUGACUCUUACAAGGAUACGACUUGUUAUUGCCCUCAUAUGGUUUAUAAGCUUCGCAAAUGCUUUACUGUACUUACUGGAUCAACGUAUUUUCUUAAUAGGAUGUUUCAUUGUAAUCGUUACUGCUGUGGUAAUCGCCACCAUUUGCUACUUUAAAAUAUAUCUCAUGCUUCGACGGCAAAAGUCACGAGUUGAAGAUCAUUUGAACCAAGGGCGACAGGCUGCGUCAAGCCUUAACGUCGAAAAGUACAAGAAGACAGUUUUGAGUGCCCUCUGGGUUCACAUUACCUUAGUAGUUUGUAAUCUACCGUAUGCUGUAGUGACAACAGUUAAAACAAUUCGCGGUAAUACUCCUUCCCUCUUUAUAGUCGAGGCUUUCGCUGCCACCCUGGUUUUCCUCAACUCAUCUUUGAACCCAGUUCUUUAUUGCUGGAAGAUAAAAGAAGUGAGACAAGCAGUUAAACAGACAACGGCAAAUUUCGGAUGUCUUUGA